UUCACUCCUCUCUGAAUCCCUUCAGUCAAAGUUUUCUAACGCACGAAACGUAUUUCAAAAAUUCAAGUAUAAAGUUUUACCUAUAUUUUCGUAGUGAUUUAAUAUGUUCAUUCGCGGUGAUGUGCCUCGUAGUUCCCGGGGCAAGAUUCCCCAGAUCCCCAGCUCCAUGACUCCCUAUGUGGCGACGGUGAAGAGGGGACCCUAUACGAUGACUAAUCCGGUUUACAACAGUGGCAAUCCCAAUCUGGUGGCCUUUGAUGGUCAGGUGGAGGCUGGGGCCCAACCCAAGCACACCUUCAAUGUGAAGAAGGAUGACCUGGCGAAUAACUAUCGCCAUCAUCAGCGACUGAUUCCAGUGGCUACUUCCAAGAGGACAGGGAUGCCUAAGACACGAACCCACAUGGUGAUGAAUGAGCAGCGGGAGUUGUACCGCCAGCAUCGCGAGCGAAUGUCCAAUAUCAGGGGCAAGGUGAACACCUACCUUCCGCCACCGAAAGUCAAGAUCGAGGGCAACAACAUGGAGCUGUCCUACAUGGAGAUGCUGACGGCUCUCUACAAGAAGAGCAACAACACCCUGCGCACCUUCACCAAGUCCCCGGAAAGAUUGGCGGCUGGCCGAUGGCGAAAUGCGAAUGUUGCCCGGGAAAAGGAGCGUCGGCAGCUUGAGAAGAACAAGGAGUUCCACAAGGGCGGCGAGCUCUUCGAUCCGCAGCUGGGAAAGUCCAAGAAGAACAAGCCCAGGUCCUCGGGAUCCUUUAGCUGCGAGAUUCCCCUCCAUGUCCUGCAUCGCUACGAGAGCCUGAUGGACCAGUGCGAAGUGGGCAUCCUGUGCAAGCUGCUGCGACCGCAGAUCUACCUGGACUUGGAGGUGCGAGAGGCCCGCCUCCAGGGCAGACUGACCAUCCAACUGUUCACCGAGGCCUGUCCCCAGGUGGUGCUGGAGUUCAUGAGGAUCUGCACCCAGAACAAGAGCCAGGCGAUCGUCUUCACCCGGGCUUUGGCGCCCAUCUGGAUGGAGGGACGUCUGGCCAUGGAUCGGAGGAGGAGCGGUGAACCUCUGACCAACAUCGAGCACGACUUCGAGGUGCUUAACCACGGCGUGGAUGCUGGGAUCCUCUCCUUCCCCAGUCGUUAUGUCAGAGGAAACGCCAGGACGUCGGCGGUGAACUUCACCAUCAGCUUCAAGCCGCUGUCCAUUUUGAACGGCCGGAGGAUCGCCUUCGGGAAGGUGAGGAAGGGCAUGCAGCUGCUGGAGAGGAUUCAGGGCGCCAUCGGCCACCUGCCCAUGGGCCACAACAUGAUCCGGCUCACGGACUGCGGAGUGGUGGAAUAAAGGCUUAAAUUCCUCGUAGAUAAUUGGGAUCUACUAGUGAUACUACUGGUAGCAAGGAUA